AUGUCUGCAAGGGUGUUAGCCGAAAACAUCCAUGAUCCAUUUGUUGACCUUAUUUGCACUACUAGACGAAAUCCCAUCUUUUCAGUCACACUUCUGAAAAGAAGACCAUAUCAUCGACAAGCUGGUGCCCAGUCCUCGAUUGACCAUGAUAGCAACGGUGGUGGUUCCACGCGAGCAUCACCAGGGAUUCGAGAUCAUCGAAUGCUGCAGUCAAGUAGUCGGAAUCAACCUCACUAUGAACCACUUUUAAAUGCAAAGCUUGCCUUCGGUGGUAGUCUGACGUCAGGUUUGCCAAUAAAUAGACAUAUCAAACAAGAAUCGUUGCCGACGUGUUCAUUUUGCCUUUUAACUUUCCCGAAUGAAGCUGGUCUACAGGUACAUGAAAUACGGUGUAGUAAAAAAGUCGAGGCAUCUAAUGCGGAGACAGACAAGCAACAUUAUGUAUCAUUAGAAAACUGA